AUGUCGGCUCUUCUCCGAUCACGACUCCUCACAGCGCCACGCGCUCGCAUGCAAAUCAUCCCAAACCUCACCGCCCGCGCACCACAAAGGCUCCUUUCCUCCACGGCAGUACGAACGGCCGGUGACCAUGCACACGAGGAUCACUACGAUCCCCCAGGCGGCUGGCUCUUUGGUGUGAAGCCCGGCGAGAAGUACGAGAACGAGGGCUGGGAGAAUGUGUGGUUCUAUGGCUUCUGUGGAACUAUGCUGUUCGGUGUUGUUGGCUACUGCUACAAGCCCGAUACAAGUAUACAGACCUGGGCUCUUGAAGAAGCUCGUCGGAGAUUGGAGAUUGAGGGCAUUCUGCCAGACCCCGAGCAGCGCUCAUGA